CUCGCGCUCCCUCCGCGCCGGAUUCUCGGUCGCUUGGGUGUGGGUUUCCAGCGCUCACACCUUCUCCAGUUCCUCCUGAAUACUUCAAAGCCAGGUCACGCCCCGCCCCAUGGCGGCCCCAAUGCCUCCUUCCUCAGCCGAUUCGGCACCAACUCUCACUUCGGAAGCCGGGGUCCCCUACACCAUUAUCCCCUCGUCCGUUAUCCCACAAGUGCCCUACCAAGAUGGCCGGAUCCGCAACCCCGUUCCCAGCAAACUCAAGGGGAGAACCGACGAAUCCAAGGGCAAUUUUGGGGUCAUGCAGAUAGAGGUCGCUGGCAGGAACGAGGCCACAGAUCGCGACGCCGAGGCGAAGCGGACGAGUGAAAGUACCGAGCUGGCCGCCAAGCGUGCUGCUGAGAAUGGCUAUAUCUCUCUUCGCAGGAGCCGCUUUGUUCAACUUCAAAACGAAGCCAUAGCCCAGCCCUCCUUUCCCGGACAGGCGCCCGCACCAGCUCCCGCACCAGCGCCGACCCAACCACAGCGUCGCAUGCCCCUCACUCCCGAUGAGACCAAGUUUGAACAAGCCCGCCUCCUCACACUCCUGCGGAGCCUACACCCGGCGCUUGUUGUGGAUCAAAUAUGCAAAGCCUUGGCUUUUUUUGGUGGCAUUCCUGGAGCACCCCCCCCCGCCACCCGGGGCGGCUUCCCGGAAAGCGCAGAAGCGAACGGGCCCGGCAGCGUCUUCGUCGGCUGGAUUGCCGAGAUAUUCCCCAGGAUAGGUGGAAACUCGGGGUCGCAGCACAUUUCAACGGGACAACAGCAGAGUUCAACGGGACAGCAGCAGAGUUCAGCUCCAACACGCCAGCUCGAGAAUCUUCAACCGGAGAAGCGCAAGCGAGGUCGACCGAAAGGCAGCAAAGCCACCCAUGCCCGGAAAGACAAGGGAGUCCCGAAGGGUCCUAAAAUCCCCUCCUCAAGCGCGGACCGACCCCAGGUUUCCGAUGGGUCAGGUGCUGCCGCCGACUCCGUUGCUGCGAAUGUCAUGCCUCUAACGCAAGCCACAAGCCCGCUGUUGCCGCAGACCCCUAGCCAACCGUCAAAUGCGGCAGCCAGGACGGCGUUACCAGGGGCGCCUACCCCCAAUGACGCGACACCUAAUGGCACGACUAGCGUGAAAAGGAAGAGAGGUCGCCCCAAGGGUUCCAAGACUGGGCCCAAGAACCCCGCCGCAAACCCCAUGCACAGUUCCAUAGGAACGCCACAAAACGGAGCCCAGAACUCUCAAGUAUUCCCAACCCAAGCAGACCAAGCGUCUCAGGCCACAACCCCAGGCAUGGCGGCGCCCCAGUCGUUCAAGGCGGUGAACUCAGCACCUCCAGUAGCUUCCAAGAAAACGGCUGGGGAUGGGACCGGGAACCCAGUGCUAUCCAACUCUGGCUAUCCGCCUUUACGAAGGCAAGCGCCCACUUACCAGGCGCCGCAGACUGCCCAGGGCCCGCAAGCUCAGACUCAGGUACCCCCACCCCCUCUUCCUGCCAGUCCAGCCGAGUCAAAAUCUUCCAAAGAUGCAGGUGGCAAGAGGAAGAGGACAGGUCAAGACGAAGCCGAUGCUUCGCGGUCUGACUCAAAGGAGGGAGGAACUGAAUCGGCUCCUUUGCCGGGCGCGAACAGUCGUACGUUGCCCGCUCCGCCGAGUAACGCAGGAACACCGCCUCCAUCCACCGUGUCCGAACCCCAGCCCAAGCGUCAGCGAAAGGGCAGAGAAGCCAGACCUGGAACAAGGAACGGGGAUGAGGCCACCACACAAAGCACCAGGGGUGCCUUCGCUGGUGCUGCCGCGGGAGCCGGCUCGACAUCCAAUGCGAAUUCUGAAGCAGGCCCGGCACCCCCGGCCGCGACCCACAACCCGAAACCGGUACCGGCUUCGGCCUCGGUUGUUGACCCAUCUAUUGCGUCAAUACAUCCGGCUCACUUUGAGGUGCAGUCCCCUAAUUUGGAGAGUUUGGAAGCACAAAUUCAAGCCCAAUUGAACCAAGAGACCGAGGUUGAACCUCAAGCAAGAGGGAAUGGCGCGUCAGAUUCACCUCAACCAAUGGCAAGUCGUUCGUCGCAGCAACACAAACACAUUUACCCACAGCAAUCGCCCCCUCAGCAACCCCUCCAGCAACAGCAACCCCUCCAACAACAGCAACCCCUCCAGCAACAGCAACCCCAGCAGCAGCAGCAGCAGAAGCAGCAGCAGCAACAACGACAACAACAACAACAACAUGGUUCUGUCGGCAACGGUCGGUCUUUCAAUCAACAAUCUCAGCCGCCUCGAUCCCAAGGAGGCAGCCGCCCGUUAGUGAUACAACAGCAGACGAGAACCCCUACUCCUCAAGGCCCUUACAAUCAAUACCGCGCUUCGAGUUCCCACUAUCAGCAGCAGAACCACCAGCAACAGAACGAACAAGAACAACAGCAUCGGCAACCACAACAACACCAACAGCAGCAUCAACAUCAGCAGCAGUAUCAGCAGCAGUAUCAGCAGCAGCAGCAACCCCAAUCCUCGCAGGCGGAACGCCCGCAGCAACAGCAGCGACACCAGUUGUCUGAAGGACAACAACACCAGAGCCCUCGGAUUUCUUCGAGUCAUCAGUAUACGGCAAGCACACCGCAGCAACAGCAGUAUGCCGCCAACCAGCAACCAUAUACGUCCAGUCAACAGCAAUACUCGGGUGUGCAGCAUCUCACGUCCCAGCAGCGAUAUCAGCCCCAGCUGGCGAGUACUUCGGCAGGCAACACAUCGUACACCGCUCAUCAGUCCCCGCAAUAUGGGACGUUGACGACAAGCACCACCUUUAAUUCCAGCGAUGGAAACUAUCGCAGCAGCCCGUCCACGACGACCUUGAGCAACCCAUCAUCGUACGGCCAACAACAAAGCCAGUCUGCUGCCAACAACACCUUCCGGUCCAGCAACACACACAACCUGCCACAGCAGCCGUCACAGUACCGUACAGGCACGAACGGCCUACAGCAACGGUCUGCCAGUACAAGCCAGCCGGGUUCGCAAAGCAUGCAGGGGCUGGCCACCAAUGUACAGGCGUUCACGGGAAACUCUGCGGCUGACUGGAGCUUGUUUGACACGACUCACCUCGAUACGUCUGGGCAGCAGGGGACGACAAUGGGAGGAUUGAGCAAUGCCAACUACGACAUCGGCGGAGCGAGCGUGCGAUCAUCGUCUGGGUCAGGGGGCUCCGCGUUCGCUGCGACGGGUCUCGCGGCGUUUGAUACAUCCGGCUUGGGAAGUAGCGAGCGUUAUUAUGGAGCUGGGCGGAGGUGAAAUAAGGCGCGAUGGCAUGCGCCGUGGGCGGUUUUAAAUGUCUCACUCGAGUUGGCGCAAGGGUAUCUUCCAUAGUAUCUAAAGGACAGAGGGCCGGCUGGAGAUACAGGUUGGUCAUGGUAUUGGGGAGACGUGUCUGCUUUUUUUAUGGGCGCCGUCUAGGACAUACGUCAUACUCUUGCUUCCCAAACUUUGUUGUUUUUGUAAUACGGCCCUUUUCCUCGUGCUGUAUGUAGUCACGUGUGAUUGUUAAGGUACGGCGAACAACAGUAAUGCUUGCUGGCUAUGCGACAGUGCCAGGUGGUUGCUGCGGCCGUCGGAAUUGAAUAAAUGAACGCCUUCCCAAACCACGUCGUCCACAUGAGAGACGUUG